CCCCACAACAAAAUACAACACCCGACAAGAUGCGGAUUCCGCGGGUGGACUGCUUCAGCCCGACAGCGAGUCGGCAGUUGCGCCAGGCAUGCAUGGAUGUCGGGUUCUUCUACCUCGAGGGGCAUGGCAUUCCCACGACGUUGCAAGCCGCCGUGUACGAUCAGAUGAAACAGUUCUUUCACCUUCCCGAGACCGAGAAGCAGAAAGCCCGUGCGGACAAGAACAUGCGCGGGUGGGCACCCAUGUACGAGGAAACGCUGGAUCCUUUGCACCAGUCGAAGGGUGACACGAAGGAGGCAUACCACGUGUGCCGUCCGUCGUUGCCGGACGAGGUCCACCUCCCGCUGCACGACACGGAGAACGUGUUCCCAGACCCCCAAACGCUCCCUCAAUUCAAAUCCAUCACGACCGCGUACUUCGACGCCAUGAGCGCUCUUGGCCUUCAUGUGGCGCAUUUGUUUGCCGACGCAGCGGGAUCACCAGGAUUCUUUCAACCCCCCGGCAUGUUUGAUCGGCCCAUGGCUGUGCUGCGGAUGCUUCGGUACAAUGCCGAGCGGUCCGAUGUCGAGCAAGGCGUCAUUGGCGCUGGUGCCCACUGCGACUACGGACUGCUCACGCUACUGUCGACGGACACGGAGCCAGGGUUGCAGAUCCGUCAUCAAGGUGCAUGGGUCGAUGUGCCUUAUGUCGAGAACGCGUUCAUUGUCAACGUCGGCGACUUGGCUGGUACGCAUUCCUUCCACGACAACGGGCUUCACGGACUGGCAUAGAGCGAUGGACGAACGGUCUGUUCAAGUCGACCGAGCACCGCGUCGUGAACAUGACAGGCAACGAGCGAUACUCCAUACCGUUCUUCUUCGAGCCCAACUUUAACUGCAAGGUGGCUUGCAUUCCAUCGUGCGUGACGCCGAAACGACCUGCCAAGGUACACGACCCCGUCCUCCAUUUGAAACGACCGCUCUCAUCGUCACGGGGAACAGUACCCAGAGAUCUUGGCAGGGGAGAACCUGCUUCAGAAGUACAGAGACACCCAUGCGAGCUACGCAUCGUGACCUCGCGGCGCGUCCGCCGCCCACAAGAUCGUAGAAACCGACUUCAUCCGCAUAACAUUUUGAAAUCUUGAACUCUGUAUCCGGAUA